AGAGAGAGAGAGAGAGAGAGAGAGAGAGAGAGAGAGAGAGAGAGAGAGAGAGAGAGAGAGAGAGAGAGGCUAAUGAGACAGGAAGAAGUUGGGAGGAGAAGAGAAGAAGAAGAACGUAGGUCUUUGCAAGACGGCUCGGCAUUAACUCAUUCAUUAAGCGAAUAACUUGCUUGACGGGGCAAUGUCUCCAUCAUUGAGGAGUCCACGAGUGAAAUUACGCCAUGCACGUACGCGCGGCCUGACGAUGAUGAUGUGGGUGGUUGUGAUUGUGGCGGUGGCGGUGGCGGCAUGCAUGCCACUCACAUUACUCGCGGCUCCCGCGGGGCCAGGAGGACCAUCCACCUCCCUUUUCGUUGGACCGGGAGGCUAUUCCUCCGUGCAGGCGGCGCUCGAUGCCGCUCCCGCCGGUUCUCGAAUCGUGGUUAUGGCGGGAACUUACCGCGAAAAAGUUGUCGUUGCCAAACCGGCAAUCACGUUGAUCGCCGAUCCCGCCGGUUUUGCCGCUAUAAUUUUCAACGACGCGGCGAAAUCCGCCGGCGGUACCGUCCAGUCCGCCACUUUCACGGUUUCUGCCGCCGCCAAUGGUUUCACCGCAAUCGGGUUAACCUUUGCGAACGACUUCGGGCCCAAUGAGAAGGGCACUAGCGACCAGCAAGGGGUGGCGGUGGCCGUGUCGGCGGACUCAUCCUUCUACAACUGCACCAUUACUGGGUGGCAGGACACUCUCUACGCCGACCAAGGGCGCCAGUAUUACAAAACGUGUUUGAUUCAAGGGUCAGUGGAUUUCGCAUUUGGCGAAGCUACCGCCUUUUUUGAGGACUGCACGUUGUUCGCGCGAAUGCGGCCCGACUCGAAAUAUAAUUCGUACACGGCGCAGAAAAGGGAAUCGCCGACCGAGGCGGGCGGGUUUGUCUUUUACCGGGGAAUGCUGGAUUGCGAUCCCGUCGUGAAAGCUUACCUAGGACGAGGGUGGGGGCCCUACGCGCGAACCAUCUUCAUUCUCACGUACAUGAAGGACUGUGUCAAUCCCGAAGGUUGGGGCGUUUUCAAAAAGUAUAAGUACACGGACACCACCUUCUUCGCGGAAUACCAUUGUUCUGGCCCCGGCUCGAAUCGCGCAGGAAGGGUUCCUUGGUCGCGGAAUCUCACCGACGCAGAGGUCUUCUACUUCUCCAACAGGACUUCAUUCCUUCAAACGUAACUAUGCGGCAGGAGUUCGUUCCUUCAAACGUACCUAUGCGGCAGGAGUUCAUUCCUUCAAAGGUAACUAUGGCAGCCUUCUCUUGGUCGAUCUGGCGGUUGAUUGGUCGGUCGGGCGUUUGUUCGCCCAUUUCUGUUCGUUCCUAGGAUUAGGAUGAGUGCCUUCAGUUAUUUAGGCGGCGGUAGACGUAAGGAGCUUCGAUAAGAUCGUCAGUGCGGCUGUUGGCGGGCUGUUUUUUGUGACACCGUGAAAAGGAGUUAGAUUUUCUCCUACUGAGACUACUACCUAGGAUUUCUCGGACUGGGGUAUAAUACUCGAGUGUUCGUUUUGUUUUUCGAUGCGAAUAAUUGGUAAUUGGGCUGCCAUGUGUUUUCGAGUCAGAAGAGCUUUUUGAAACUUGUCCGUUCUUUUUUCUUUUGGCUACCACGUCUGUGUGAAUUUGUACGUGCACAUACGCGCGCGCGCGCGGGUGUCUGUGUGUGUGUGUGUGUGUUUCGUUAUGUCUGCUAUACGGCACUCCACAAUAA